AUGGUCCUCUUGCACCUGGUGGUUCUCCUCAGCGCGUGGUGGUGCCCUGCCGCCCCCGCCGCGCUGCCUGUUCGCUCCGCCAAUGAGACGCCGCCCACCGCCAGUGCCUUCGUCAAUGACUCGCUCGUGAGGCAUGAACGCUCCAAACUGACCACUUACGGUGGCAGCGUGGGCUUGUCACCUUAUUACGCCGACCUGCAGAACCUUCCCUCGCCCACCCCGCCCAUGCUCACCACCGAACUCACGCCGCCGCCUCCGAAGUGCAUCGCGGCCCUCCACACCCCGCAGCCACCACGAGAGACACCCAUGCAGGACAAGGAGACAACAUGUGACCCGCAGGCCCGCUACCGCACCAUCUCCGGCCGCUGCAACAACCUGCGCAACCCCAACGACGGCACGCCUGGCCAGGCCAUGCACACCCUCCUCCCACAACGCUACGACUCCCCCGCAGUGUUCCGGAUGAGGGCAGUGGGCGGGGGUCUGCUGCCUAACCCCCGCCACGUCAGCCUGCUCAUGAGUCUCGCCCCGGAAGGCUCCACAGUGCAGGCGAAUUCCUUGUUUGUGCAAAUGGGACAGUUUAUUGAUCAUGACUUCUCGAUCACCACCACCGUCAGGGAGAAGACGCCCGCUGGUAAAAGCGUGGAGGCGGACUGCAAGGCGUGCUCCUCAUGGCACAAAUCAGCCUGCGCCCCAAUCCCUGUGCCGCUCAAGGACCCCCGCCAGCCCACUCACCUGCCAACGGGCGAGCGCAGGUGUCUCCCUUUGACCAGGAGUGUUGGGUAUCUCGUGAAGGACCACCAGGGGCGUCGCGUGCUCAGUCAACCUAAUUUUAACACUGCCUUCCUCGACUUGUCCCCGGUGUACGGCAAUGACGAGUGCACGGCUGAGGACAUGCGCCUGCACCGUGACGGAUUACUGGACUUCGGAGAGAACCACAUGCUGACAAGGCGCCCUGCUGAGGACUUCCCGCUGUGCAUGACUGAGGCGAGGUACUGCCUCCACUCCGGCGACAAGAGCCUUGUCCGUGUGUCCGUGGUGCGUGUGACUAGCCUUGCCCGUGUGUCCGUGGUGCGUGUGACUAGCCUUGUCUAUGUGUCCGUGGUGCGUGUGACUAGCCUUGUCUGUGUGUCCGUGGUGCGUGUGACUAGCCUUGUCCGUGUGUCCGUGGUGCGUGUGACUAGCCUUGUCCGUGUGUCCGUGAGUGAACGAGAAUGUGGGCUGACACUGGCCCACACACUGUUCCACCGCGCCCACAACCACCUGGCGGAGAGGCUGAAGGUGGUCAACCCGCACUGGGACGACGAGAGGCUUUAUCAGGAGACACGCAGGAUCAACAUUGCGCAAUACCAGAACCUCGUGUAUGGGGAGUAUUUGCCGCUGCUACUCGGCUACAACACCGCGGCCAAGAUGCAGCUCAUGCCCAACCACGGGGACUACUUUCUGGGUUACGACGCUUCCGUCAACCCAGGCGUGUACAACGAGUUCUCCACCGCCGCUUUCAGGAUGGGCCACUCUCAAGUCCCCAAGCACAUCACCUUCAUGAACGAGAACUACGAGGUCACCUACCUCACUGCCCUCCACCACGCCUUCUUCAACUCUACCCUCCUCUCCUUGCCUAACGUCUUUGACCCGCUGAUGAGGGGGCUGAUGGGAGUGGCGAUGCGUCCAACUGACCUCAAGCUGGUCGAUAGUCUCGGCAAUAAACUCUUCAUCGAGAAAAACGACCCACUCUCCGGCCACGACCUCUUCGUCCUCAAUGUUGCCCGAGGUCGGGACCACGGGCUGGCGCCCUACGUGGAGUACGUGAAGCUGUGCGGAGUGAAGGAGGGGGUGUCUUCCUUCGCUGACCUGGCUUCUCUCAUGCGGCCCGAGAGUGUGGCGCUGCUGACCAAGGCCUACAAGGAUGUGCGGGACGUAGACCUGUACUCCGGUGGCUUGGCCGAGGUGCCGCUGCCCGGGUCACUGGUGGGGCCGACUUUCAGCUGCAUCAUCGCCAGGCAGUUCCUCAUCCUCAAGAUUGGCGACAGGUUCUGGUUUGAGAGCCCCACAGCAGGCUUCACCCACGCCCAGCUGCAGUCCAUCCGCCAAGUGAGGUUCGCCAGUGUGAUCUGUGACGUGCUGGACCAACACAACCCACGCAUACCCAUACACGCCUUCCAAACGCCGCACCCCCAAAGUAAUCCAGAACGAAGGUGCAAUGAACUCCCGAAGGUGGACGUGGAGCUGUGGAGGGAGACGCCCCACAGCUCCCCUUCCCGGUGCAUCUAUCUGGGGCAGAGCUACCAGGUGGGCUCCUUGGUGCCGGUAUCCCUGUGCCUGACGUGCGUGUGUCAGCCCGGCGGGCAGCUGAGGUGCCAGUGUGACAUGUCUGGGUGCACGCAGGAGGAGGCACCGGAGGACUGUCACUGCCGAAGGGUCUGUGGUAACUUCAAGCCGCCUCUCAGUUCGCUGUAUCGCUAG